CUGGCCGGUCUGCACAUGCGCAAGCGGAAGGCGGGAGUGGUUGUGACAGUUGGCGGCCUCUCAGCCGAGAUCCCGAGGCAGAUUUUAAAAAUCCAAUUGAGUUAAAGAUGGAGGACAUCCUGAUGAUGUAUGAGACUCAGUUUUUUGGGUUCUCGCCACAAACCUGUGUCCUUCGGGUGCAAUGUGCCAUCCAGGACUCUCUCCUCGAUGUGAUGCUGGUGGCCGAACAAGUUGUUAUCAGGAAGCUGGAUGAGCUGCCAGACUGCGGCAUCACACCGUCAAGUGUCCGCGCCUGCACCAAAACUUUCCUGCAGGUGAUCAAGAGCCGUUUUGAUGUUACCUUUGAAAAGCUGGAGCGCGGUCUCCUGCAGCACAUUCUGAAAAUUCCUGCAAACGUUCUGCUCCCAGAAGACAAAGUUCAUGAACAGUACCCUGAGGAACAGUAUAGUGAGCUACAAGAAGAGAUCGCUCAACUCCAGCAGUGCUACAAGGCAGAGCUCAGCGGCAAACAGGCCCUUCUGGACGAGCAGGAAGAGCAGAAGAUGGUAGAGCUUAAAUUGGAACAGAGGAUUCAUUGGUUUGACGGACUGAAGAAUAUGUGGAAGGAUAACAUGAUCCGUGACGUGCAUGAGAGCCUGAUCUUCAUCGAGCAGUCGGUCCAAAAGGUCCCGGAUGCUCUGAAGAAAAUCAUAGCUCAGUGCGAAGGUGAGCUGAGCAAGUCGCAGGCUGUGGCUACCAGCAAACAAGAAGAUGAGUGUGAGACCAAACGAAAACGGUUAAAGAUCGAAUGAUUGGAGACUGAGCAUUGCAGUAAGUAGGUUUAGAGAAUGGACUUUUCACUUCUGGAAUCUGAGUUGAACUAAGAUCCAAAGCUGGCGAGGGUUCCCUCACAGAAUUGUGCUUGAAACUAGCUCGGCCAAUCUCUAUCACAUUUCUUGUUGAUUGCGAGACCUCAGCGCAGACCCACUCGACAUCUGCUACAAGAUUGAUAUGCUCUUCGGGGUGGGAUGAAAUGGAAAUUAUGGCACUGGUGAAGUAAUGAGGUGCUCCCUUGGUGUACAUGCAGGUAGCAGAGAAGCAUCACUUACCAAUACGACGGCUUGACACUGGAUGUUCCAUUUCCUGACACUGACAUCCUUUACUGUGAUGAGCAAAACAACAGAAAUCCCACCACAACCGAGAUUGUUUUACUACCUGUUGGUUAGCGAGAGUUACUGCUGCACAACAUUUGGUGCUGAUAGAGACCAAUGUGUUUUCCUUACUUCUCUCGCUACGAAAGGCCCAGCACACAUGCCAAUAUUCCAAAUAAGCUUUUAUUUUUUCACUCAGAAUUUA